AUGUCAUCCCCGAAGGAAGUUGUCUCGGACAACGUCCAGGAGACUCCCUCCGCCGACCAAACACCAAACCCAGUUGCGCCCUCUAGCCGCGAUGAGCCAAAGGAGAGCAUCGAGGAUGCCAAUGAGCCCGUACCUCACCUCCACGCAAAGACUUUCUUGACCGUCUUCGCCGUCUGUGUCAUCUACUUUGCCCAGCUCAUCAAUGUCGUCGGCGCAGGAGCACAAACCCAAAACCUCGCCGCCGUCCUGGGCGACAGCUCAAACAGCGUCUGGCUGACCUCCACAAUCGCCAUCAUGACCGUCGUCCUCUCCCCCAUCGUCUCCCAGGCCGCAGACUACUGGGGCCGCCGCUGGUUCCUCAUCGGCCUCACGGCCUGCGGGAUCGUCGGCUCCGUCGUCGUCGCCCGCGCCACCUCCAUGGCCAUGGCCAUCGCAGGCUUCACCGUCACCGGCUGCUCCUACGGCGCCCAACCUCUCUUGCACGCCGUCGCCUCUGAGGUCCUCCCGCGCCGCUACCGCCCCUGGGCCCAGGCCGCUGACAACCUCUCCGCCGCCCUCGGCGGCCUCGUCGCGCUGCUCGCCGGCGGUGCCUUCACCCGCAACGGCAACGCCGCCGCCGGUGUCCGCAACUACUGGUACAUGGCCACCGCCGUCUACGCCGCCGCCACGCUGCUCGUCCUCGCGCUGUACAACCCGCCCAAGACGGCCAAGCAGACGCAGUUCACCUUCUCGCAGAAGCUCGCCAAGCUCGACUGGGUCGGCUACGCGCUCCUCUCCUCGGGGCUCGUCCUCUUCUGCAUGGGCCUCUCGUGGUCGCAGAACCCGUACCCGUGGACCGACGCGCACACCGUCGCCCCCUUCGUCGUCGGCUGCGCGCUGUGCGCCGCCCUCGCGCUCUACGAGACGCGCUUCAAGACGGACGGCAUGUUCCAUCACGGCCUCUUCCGCCGCGGGCGCAACUUCCCCAUCGCGCUGGUCUGCGUUUUUGUCGAGGGCCUCGUCUUCUUCGCGGCGAACAACUACUUCGCCUUCCAGGUCGGCGUGCUCUACGAGACGGACGCGCUGCGCACGGGGCUGCGGUACGGCGUGACGAUGAUUGUGUACGGCGUCGCGGCCGUUCUGGCUGGACUGUGGUGCUCCAAGACGAGAAACGUGCGCUGGCCCACUGUUGUCGCGUUUGUGUCCAUGAUCAUCUUUUUUGUGUGCAUGGCGACGACGACGCCGACGACCUCGGAACCCGUUUGGGGGUACCCUGUGUUCCUGGGCAUCGGUCUCGGAAUCUGUUUGUGUACGCUGGUCACAGUAGCGCAACUGUCCACGCCCCCUGAGCUGAUUGCCAUCACGAGCGGUUUGAUGAUUGGGGUCAGGUCGCUAGGCGGCUCUGUUGGUCUUGCAGUUUACAACGCGAUCUUCACGGACCAAAUGUCACACAUGGGAACCAACAUCGCCGCCGCCGUCCUCCCGCUCGGCCUGCCCCAGUCAUCUCUGCCGCAGUUCAUCGGCCUCCUGGCCGCGCAAGACACUGCCGGGCUGGCGCAGGUCGAGGGCGUCACGGUCGACAUCAUCCAAGCCGGAGCGGGUGCUCUGCUGAAGACGUACAGCCUCGGUUUCCGCUUCGUUUGGAUCGCGGCUGGGUCCAUCACCGUGGCCGCUGCCAUUGGGGCUUUCUUCCUGGUGGAGCUCGAGAACGAGUUCAACAUGCACAUUGACGCGCCGGCGGAGAAGGAUGAUGACUUGUAUUCCAACAAGUCGUGA